CCAUGAAACGUAUUGCCUCUGCCAUCCAAUCUCCAAAAGUAUCCACAGAGUGUGAUAAGUUUAAGAAGUCAGAGUUGAACAACCUGUCCAACCUGUCGGCCCCCAAGACAAGGGGACAAAAAACAAGAUCCACCAAGUCUUCCAUAUCUGAUGCUGUGACUCCUGAAGAACUCUUAGCAAAAAAUAUUAAUCGACUCUCAGUCACUGAGAAGCAGGACCACCAAAGGAAGAGUCAACUGGCGACAUUUUCACUAACCAAAAAAAUAUCAGAAAGUAAACCAUCUCGGGGUGCUUUGAAACUCACGGGCUUGUCGGAUAUUGUUGACCUUAUCUUGAAGAAUCGUUGCAAGCAGAUUAUUGUUAUGACUGGUGCUGGCAUAAGCACCCCCAGUGGAAUACCAGAUUUUAGGACUCCAGGCUCCGGACUAUAUGACAAUUUGCAAAAAUACGAUAUUCCAUACCCUGAAGCCAUUUUUGAUAUUGACUACUUCACCCAUAACCCGCAACCUUUCUUCACGUUGGCCAAAGAGCUGUACCCAGGAAAAUACAAGCCGAACUUUGUCCAUUAUUUUGUGAAACUGCUGCAUGCCAAAGGACUUCUGUUGAGAUGUUAUACGCAGAACAUUGAUGGUCUAGAAAGGCUUGCAGGAAUUCCACCCCAAAAAAUAGUAGAGGCUCAUGGGACGUUCUCCUCGGCAUCUUGUCACCUCUGCUACACUCCAUUCCCUGCGAAAGAAGCCAAGGACUUAAUCAUGAAUGGUGGGACUCCUCGCUGUGGAACCUGCUAUGGAGUUGUUAAACCAGACAUUGUUUUCUUCGGAGAAGACCUUCCGAAAUGCUUCAGUAAAUCCACAAAAGACUUUCCCAAGGCAGAUCUGCUGAUUGUUAUGGGGACAUCAUUAGAAAUUGAACCUUUUGCUGACAUAGUAAAUUCUGUACGGCCGAAUGUCCCUCGGCUUCUGCUCAAUAGAGACUUGGUUGGCCCUUUUAAGACUAAGCCGCUGAAGAAUACGGACGUUGUUGAACUGGGGGAACUGUGUGAUAUAACCAGAAAGCUUGUAUGUUCUCUUAACUGGCAAAAAGAAAUGGAGGAAAUUCUAAAAUCUCAGAAGUUAUAGGUAAGAAACCUGGAGUUCCGUUGGGAAGUAGAGACAGGGGGAUGUUUGGAUUCAUUCCCUCUGGGGAUGUUUGGAAACUGUAGCUAAGUUCACUG